CCUGGCUGACCACCCAAGCACUCAGCUUACAGGGAGCACUGGUCACCCCUUCCUGCCAUCCCAUGUGGCCAACUGCUCUCCCACAGCCAGAACUUCUUGGAUUUUCACCUUGACAGUGUCCCAAGCGUGGCUCCUUUUGUGCAUCUCACUAAAGGUCAGAAGAUGCCACAUGUGCAUCUGCAAAUAAAAUGGACCAACCCUGAAUUUGCCCCCAAAACAGUCUGAGACCCAAAAGCAUCUUCGCUAAAAGCAAAGUGAAAGGGAACCAUUGUGGUGGGGAGAGAAUAGUGAGUUCCAGAGAUCCAAACUAAGGUCACUCUGCCUCACUGGGUAGGGGCUUCAUGCUGCAGCACCCCUCAGCGAGUCCAGCUGUGACCGACCCUGCUGGAGACGUGCCUGCUCUGCAGGGGUUCAUGCACCUGGCUCAGCAUUGGCAGUGACACUCCUGCAGCGUUGCCAAAACAGUUAGGUUCAUGGGUCAUCAGGACGACAGCACAGGAAGUCCGCAGGGUAGCAUAGGAGAACGGAAGACUAAAGUGUAGACUGUUCUAGUUAGCCCAGAGGAACCCCCUUGGUUCAAACGCCAUCUGACCUCCUUUGUUAGAACCCAGCUAAGCCCUGACUCCUUCCAGCAGCCAACACUUGCUUCCCCCACCCCCGCCCCCCAUACCUCUCCAGUCCUUUGAGCUCAAGCUGAGAUUGCUGUUCACUUACCCACAGGCCACUGGUUGCUAGGUGUCAAUGUCCUACCUGUAUCCCAUUGAUUUUCAAUGCCAUUAGGGCUCCUAGCUUCAUCCAUUCCUUUUGAAAAAGUUCCUGGGGCUGGAUCCCUUUCUCAGGGGGAGAGGGCUGCUUAGGAAAGGCCCUGAGUGAGUGCAGAGCAGCAGGGGGGAGGAGAGAGAGAAGGGAAGGGCUAUGCACUAGCCCUGCAUGAGAGCCCCCGCAUCUCUCACUGGCAUCGGGCUUGUAUCAUUUGCAGGAAGAGGGGUGUUGGGUGUUCAGAACUGGAAGGGCAGGAGCUGCGAGAAAGGCAGUGGGCACAGGAAGAGCAAACAGAGAGAAGGCAGUAUGGCCUAAUUGCAUGAGGAAACAAUUUACAGCUUAGCUAGAGAUGCUUAACACUAUCUGUGGGGCACCUACUUGGUUUUUAAACACACUGGCUAAUGAAAUCUGCUUCUUCCUUUCCCCAAGGAAUCGUUCAGAGAUGCACAGCUGUCAAAUACCACUUCUCCCCGCCAACGCACUUACGAGACAUCCCGUUCAACUUGACCAAGACCAUCCAGCAAGACGAGUGGCAUCUGCUUCAUUUAAGAAGAAUCACGGCUGGUUUUCUGGGCAUGGCCGCUGCUGUCCUGCUCUGUGGAUGCAUCAUAGCGGCAGUCAGUUUCUUUUGGGAGGAAAGCCUCACACAGCACGUGGCGGGCCUUCUCUUCCUGAUGACAGGAAUAUUUUGCACUAUUUCUUUGUGCACUUAUGCAGCGAGUAUAUCAUAUGAUCUAAACCGCCUACCCACCUUCAUAUAUAGUCUUCCCGAGGACGUGGAGCAUGGGUACAGCUGGUCUAUAUUUUGUGCUUGGUGCAGUUUAGGAUUUAUAGUAGCAGCUGGCUGUCUUUGCGCUGCUUAUCCAUUUGUCAGCAGGACCAAGAUUAUUCAUCUAAAGUCGGCCAGAAACUCUUCUGUAUGACUGGGGCUCCGAAGACGAUCUUCUCUAUGCUUGUUCAGUGACAGGCAAACACUAUUGUUCAAGGACUUAUCCCCCACCCUCCCCCCCAAAAAAAAAUGGAAGGGAAAUUUACAUUCAGAGUUCCAUGCACAAAUACUUGAUCCUUCACAAUCAACUAGUGAGGCAACAAGAGUUCCGCUGUGCUUUCUGAAAUCAAAUAAAGGAAGCGCCUUCCCAAGGACAAGGACAGCGUGGUACCAACGUGUCAGGUGGUAUACGAUGUAACCCUGUCUCUCAAAGGAGAUGAGGCUACUCACACGGGAACAAUUAAGUGGUUGGGGAAAGAGAAGGAAAAGCUGUGAUGAGAAUUUAGGGUUAUUUCUGUUUUUCCAAGUGUUUGUACAUAAAGUAACGGGUAGCAGAGGAGAAAAAAGUUAUUAUUGGUCAAAUGAGUUCUGUGCAGAAGAAUGCUUCUCUUGUCCUAGGAGCAUGCUUAGUACAGGUUGAAUUUCUCUAGUCCAGCAUCAUCAGGACCCUGGCCAGAACAGCAAGUGUUCUGGUUUGGACCCCAGAAGGUCAAUAUUGCCUAUAAGCAAACAUUAGCACUAUUGCCUAGCAUUGCCAAACACUUCCACGACUUCCUGGGUUCCUUGAAGAUGUUUAGGGGGUAAAUUAGAGCUAAGUGACAGCACAGAACCCUGAGAGCCAGGACUGGUGGCUGUUAAACUUUAUGGGACCACGGGAAGCUUGGUCACACCCUUGAUAAGUGGACAUCCAGCUCACUAAAAAUCAUACCAGACCACAGAUGUUGCUGGACUGGAGAGGUUCAGCCUGCAGCUUAAUGCAGCAUCUUCUGAACUUAAAUGUAGAGGGUGGGUUUGGUUUUUUUGCUGUAAGAUAGACCUACUCUCGUGAGCCCCAUCAUGAACGUUUUGUCAAAAUAAGACCCUUGCUACGUUUCCUUUGUACAUCACAAGUUACCCAAAAUGUUCAUUGCUUAGAGCCAUGAGAGAUUAAUUCGUUCCCAGUGAUAUUCUUGGAAGUUACCUCUGUUGUGAAACUUCAACAGUUGUGUGUUGAGCUAUAAGUCAGUAGUAAAACGCCUCCUUCAGUGAAAACCAUGUUUGUGUUGAGUAGACGUUAGUGGCCUGAAAUUGGGUUCUCUUGAAGAUGCACAACUCACAUCUGGAUGUGAAUCGUCCUAGAAGGAUUUCUAGUGAUAGGGUCAUCACAGAUCCAGUCGAGCCUCCCUCUUGGGUCUCAGACUGCAGUGAGAGGCAGUCCAGCCUGUGGGCCCCAGGUUUUAAGCCUCCAGACUCUGAACAGUGCUGG